CACGUAUCCUAGCAACUGCACCACACAAACCCAAGAGCCAUGGCGGACGACAAGGAGAAUGCAGAGGCCAUUCUGGCGGAGGUGCAUAAGAAGAUCAGUGGUGCCUUUGACGUGUUCGACCACGAGUUCAACAAGACCGUAGACGUCAGGGAAAUUGGAACCAUAAUACGGUCGCUGGGAUGUUUUCCAUCUGAGGCAGAAUUACAUGAUGUCAUUGCUGAAGUGGAGGAGGAGGAGCCAAUGGGCUACAUCCGCUACGAGAAGUUCCUUCCUGUUAUGACACGAGUCCUCAUGGAGCGCAAGUUUCGACCAAUAGCAGAAGACCUGCUGCUCCAGGCAUUUGAGGUGUUGGACAUCCAGAAGAAAGGCCAUCUAGAGCCAGAGGAGCUCACCAAGUACAUGACACAGGAGGGUGAGCCGUUUACCCAGGAGGAGAUGGAGAUCUACCCAACAGCUACCCAACAGCUACCCAACAGCUACCGAGAGCUACCCAACAGCUACCCAACAGCUACCCGAGGGCUACCCAACAGCUACCCAACAGCUACCGAGGGCUACCCAACAGCUACCCGAGGGCUACCCAACAGCUACUCAACAGCUACCGAGAGCUACCCAACAGCUACCGAGGGCUACACAACAGCUACCCAACAGCUACCCAACAGCUACCGAGAGCUACCCAACAGCUACCCAACAGCUACCCAACAGCAACCGAGGGCUACCCAACAGCUACCGAGGGCUACCCAACAGCUACCGAUGGCUACCCAACAGCUACCCAACAGCUACUGA